AUUCCCUUUCCUCCGUGGACCAUGUUGGACCGCGACGAGGCCCAAAGGCUCCCCGUUGUAAUACCCCAAGAUGAUAUCGAAGAGGCUCCCAACGAUUUCGUAUGGUAUGAAGGACCUCAAGGUGGUGGAUUCACCGUCCCGCCUCAGUUCAAAAAAUACCCAAAUCGACCGGUGAAUGAAACACCCAUAGGAUAUUUGUAUUUUAUUGUCGACAAGUGCAGCGCGCGCACAAAGAAUAUUCAUAGCGCCUUUUUUGAAGCUAUUGACGUUUAUUUUGAAGGUCUAAUGGAAUAUGCGAAGGUCCACUAUGCAGAGUUCAUAAUACCUUUUGGUAUGAAGCAUCGGGGAAAGCGACUCCAGCAGUGCCGGGAUAAACCUUGGAUGGAAUGGACGACGACAAAGCCGUCCUUGACCCAGAAGUAUCCUAUCUACUUUACAGCCGUUCGCUAUUUCCUUGCCGACAAACGACACUACAAUGUGACCAGAGACAUUGGCGAAUUGCUCAGCGCAACUGAAUAUGAAGAUGACCUAGAUCUUAAAGAGGUCCAGGAGAGGGAAGGCGACGACGAAUCUGAAAACGAUUCCUUUAUAGAUGACGGCGAUAUCGAAGACGAGCGCGAAGAGGAAGAAAGUAGUGACUCUGCUGAUGAAUCUGAAGCGAGCAACAAUACAGAGGAAAGCGCACAUACAAGCGACAUAGACGGCUCGCAAUCUUAUGUUAGUAACGACGCCGAUCCAGAGCCCGAUAUACCACAGACUCCAUCCCGCAAGAUAUCUCUGAAUAACACGGCGAGCUUGGGCUCCGCGUACAGACUCGGAAAACGUUACAAUAGCCGCAGCGCAAGUCCAACACCGCUAUCACCUACGCUUCGCAAGCACCGACGAAAUUCUCCUGAUUUUGAAGCCUCCUUGGAUUCCCCAGUGGUACGCGGGGCCUCUAAGGCAGUAAACUCUGUCAGUAAGGCUUCACCACGGAAGCGCAGGGUGUCAAGCGUCGGCUCCUCGGAUCACCCGAUAGGUUCAGAUGGCGCAGAUGAGGACGAACCUGAAGCCAGGCAAAGAUCUCGAGGCCGCCAAAAGAGCCCUCGCAAGGCUGCCCGCCGUGCCCGGAAAGGAAAGCACAAAGCGCUUACUUCAGAAAUGGAAAAUUUCAUUUCAGCAAACGAGGAAAGCGAUGGCAGUGAAGAUUACACAGGUAGUGUAACUGAGAAUGAUAAUCUGAGUGACCUGGCAGACGGUGCUCAACCUCGCCAACUACGUUCUGGUCGGAAGUAUGGUCCCAAUAUGCGCACGCCAAGUAAAGAGGCCACUUCAAAAGUGCCAUCGCCUCGUGGCCGAGAAUCAAAAAAGUUUAUCGAUGUCGAGAUAUCAAGCGCCGUUGAUUCUGGAUCGGACGAACCCAGCAAGCUCAGCACGGCAUCCGCUCCAAAGGCAAGGUCUAGCCCAGAUGCUCAGCGUAUAUCAUGGCUUUCUAAGUCAACUGGACACGUACUGAUAUGAGAUCAAACAGCGUCACCGUCGAGACGAAGGCGCUUAGCCUAUCGGGUGGCUUCGAGUCCGGAGGACGAAGCUCCUUCUACUUCACCCGAAAGGCCUGCUGAAUUCCGGCGAUUGCGGAGAUGGUCUGAACGUAAGGCGUAAACAUUUUCCAGCGGUUGUAAUCAUUUGUGGUCUGAGAUGUAUCUUAUUGUGUUGUACUUGUGACGCUAAGAUCUAUAGCUAUGUUGUUGUAAUCUAUAAUGCUGUAAUGCUUGUAUUCUUUCUUGCUAAACUCCCACUUUAGGAGACCAAAAUACGAAGGUAACGGUUACCAAACCUGA